UAAUUGGCUCACAGGAUGCUAGAGACACAGGGACCCUGCUUCCAAAAAACGUCAGCGGCGACAUUUGCAAAAUGAAAGCUACGGCAACAGCACGACGAGGAGGCCCCUUCUCUUUUGCUGGAGAGCGCUGUUGCGAACGUCUCCACCUUCCGCAACUAGACGACGCAGCGUAGCGUCUCACUGCAUUGCGACUCCCGUUAUGUUCCUCCGCUCCGCAAAUUCCCUGCCCGCUCUUCAGAUAAACCUGCGCGGGCUGAGCUGAGCCCAAGAGUACAGCAACCGGUUGGCAGGGCCCGGACUGUUCUGUGCGCUUCUGGAUCUUCCGCGAGACUGCCAGGCGAGUGCCAGAAACCAUGCGAUUGAAAUAGUUCUUUGAUGGAGCGCCAAGAUCCGCAGUGUAAGGUGAAUCACGGGCGAGGGCGCGACUCGCUGAGCAGAGGGAACUUGGGCGCCAGCUUGCAUAUGGGAAGUGGAGAGAAGCGUAUCUCUGCUUGUGGGAGAGAGAAAGCGAGGAAAGGCGAGAAGACGAAACAAAAGCAAUAAGGCUGCGGGAAAAGGAGGCGAUGCAGCGUAAUCGGGGAGAGAAGAGACCGAGCGCUUCAUAGAUGGGAGCGGCAGCUCAUGAAGCUGCGCUUAUACGCACUGACCUGGGCCAACAUUAAGAAACUGCCCCCCCCCUUGCUUUUUAAAAUUUUAGACAGAAGAUGAUCAGUUCAUUGUAUUAUUCUGGACAAGAAGAUGUGACCUGGCUCAUGGACCUAUUGAAAAAAUGGAUUCAUCCAAAUAAUUACCUGGGGAAUUUGAUGGACUAUACAGUGUACCUCUUGGGUGUGUUAUUAAUGCCCUUCAUAAUCCUACUGUCACCUGUUUUAUUCAUUCUUGGAUGUAUUUACCUUUCUAAUCUUCUUCUGCAUAUUUACAAGAUAAAGAUUAAUUUAAAGGGAGAUUAUCUCACUAAAUCAUGGGAUGCUGGAAGGAGGGCAGUGUCUUAUAUUUGGGACAUCUAUGGCACAGUGUGGCAUGGUUAUGAGGUGCACGGGAUGGAUAAAGUACCAGAAGGACCAGGGCUUGUUGUAUUUUACCAUGGAGCCUUUCCUCUGGACUAUUACUACUUUGUAUCUAGACUCUAUUUACAGACAGGCAGACUCUGCCACACCGUGGUUGAUUACCAUUUUUCCAAAAUACCAGGUAUCAAGUUGUUUUAUAAAAUAAAUGGUCUUACACAUGAUGGAAGAGUGGAAUGUGUUGAAAUUCUGAAAAAGGGAUACUUAUUAGGAGUCUUACCAGGUGGAUCCCGAGAAGCCCUCUUUAGUGAUGAAAACUACAGUCUUUUGUGGGGUAGUCGCAAAGGCUUUGCUCACGUGGCCAGAGAUGCAAAAGUGCCUAUCAUUCCUAUAUUUACAAAAAAUCUUCGGGAAGGAUACAGAACACUUGGAAAAAUAUGGCCAUUUAAGUGGCUAUAUGAACGUACCCGAUGGCCAAUUGUUCCUGUAUAUGGAGGGUUUCCAGUCAAAUUUUGCUCAUACGUAGGAGAUCCCAUUCCUUAUGAUCCAAAUAUAACAGUUGAAGAACUAGCUGAAAAGACAAAGACUGCAAUAGAAGAUCUCAGAGAUAAACACCAAAAAAUACCAGUUACAGGUGGGCAGCACUGCUCUUCUGCUCAUUCCAGCUUGGCAUACCAGGUACAGUUCUACCUACAUAAAGAGUCUGACUUCAGUGAUCCAUGCCCUGGUAACUUCCCAUUUGGAUUACUGCAAUGCAUUGUAUGUGGGACUACCUUUGAAAACAGUCCAGAAACUUUAGCUGGUACCCAGUUCCAGUUGAUAUUUUGUAUAAUAAUCUUCACCGGAUCCCAGUCUGUUUCUGGGCCUAAAUCAAAGUGCUGUUUUGUAUAUCUUUAACAUAUGAACCUAAGAAGAGUCUGCUGGAUCAGGCCAAUGACCCAUCUAGUCCAGCAUCCUGUUUUCACAGUGGUCAACCAGAUGCCUAUGAGAAGUUUGAAACCAGGACCUGAGCACAACAGGACACUCCCCUUCAUGCCCCUUAGAGCUCUUCUUGCUUUGGAACCUUGGUAUCUGACGGCUGACCUCAUUCCAUAUCUAUCCACCAGAACCCUAAGAUCAUCAUGUGUAACCAUUUUCUGAAUGCUCCCACCUGGUGAGGAACAGUGGGUGGUGUUAUGAAAUGUCCAGUUUACAUGUAAGCUCAGAGUUCUCACAUAUACCCUGACAUCCAUGUUUAGAACCCUGUUAGAUGUUGAGAGCUGGGCAUGACCUGAAACUGGCAUUCUUAAGGGUUUAUGGAGUCAAAGAAUAUCAUCAGUUGAUUAUUCAAACAAUUUAUUGUUUAAAAAGGUUAUAAUCAGUUGACACAGACUUUCAUAAGCAAUACACUAAUAAUAGACUAAAUUUAAAAGAAUUUAACCUCCCUGCAAACAAAUAAGAAUGAAUGCUCAUUGAUUAGCCAACAUCAUCUAAUCUCUCUGCAAACAAAUCAGGAUGAAUACUCAAUAAACAGGUAAUCUGGAAGCACCCUUUUGUAAGGAAAAGAGAAGGGCGUGUUAGCUGAAACUCGAAGACGGGGAUUUGGCUGAAGGGGUGAAACUGAUAUCAGAAGGAAAAUGGAUGUUGAUUAGAAAAGAAGCAAUUUUGGAUAGUGAUUUUGUGGGGCUUUGGGGAACUUUAGGGCAAGAAUCAAAAGAAAGCAGGCAAGAGACUUUGAGGCAAGCCAGAGGAUGGUCUGUGAGUGAAAUAAAAGUUCUAUUUUUGCAAAAGAGCCAUAGUGGGGUAGUUCUGAGAAGCAAGGGAAGCAGAAUGUGAGGUUUUGGGGUAAGACACCCAAGAAAGAAGGAAAGAGUACACCCAAGGAAAGAAAGAGCGGAUCACCCCAAGGAGGAGGAGGAAGAGGGAAGGUCCACAGGAGGGUUUCUGUGCAGGGGAAUGAGGUGGUCUUGGUAUUCAAAAUGUUCCUAGUUGCUAAGGCAAAAAGCUGCUGUUUUUUAUGCCUGAGAUGGGGAUGGGUGAGUUAAUGAUGAAAAUGAAAGUAAAGUAAAAACCAAAAAUCCAGUUUUCCUGUCUUUAUCGAAGUCAGAAUGUCUGUAUGACUGGGUUCAGAGAUGAUACUGACUGUAGAGCCUGCCCCAAUAGGAAGGUAAAAAUUGACAGGAACUAUAACCAUACCUAUUGGUCGCAUCUAAAUUGAGAACUUAAUUUUCCAGUUUAAUGAGCAAUCCAAGAAGGGGAGAGAAAACUAGGGAUUAAGGUAGGAAACAAUAGGGUACCACAGAGGUAAUGACUGUGUCUCAAGUAGGUGCUAUUUCAGAGUUCAUGCUUCACUUGGCUUUUUGUGAUGGUGCGGGCUCCUCUGUGUCUUCCGGUGGCCAAAAUUUCAGCCUUCCAUUCCAUGCCAAGCUACUGGUACCAAAAUUAAAUUGCUCUCAUAGUAGUGUCCGUGAGAAACGGUCUAUUCAAAACUGGCCCCUUGGCCAUGGAAUGCCAAUACACAUUUAUAGGCCUUCCUAAUUCCUAUAUCAUUGCAUUACGUCUUACCUCCAGCUCUCCUCUUAACCUUUCCCUGCCACUGCCAAGUUCCUAUCUUUCUUCCUUGCUUGCUGUCCAGAAUAUCCAUCCUCCUUCCGUUAGACUUUGAUGCACUCGACAGCAGAACAGCCUUUUCAAUAGCUUCAGUGUACUUUCUGGUUCUUCCCACAACUGGUAAGAUUCAGGUUGCCCUGUCAACUCACCCUCUGGCUUAGGGGUGCUGCUGUUUAAUAGCAGGUUGAUCCCUAGUAAGACAUCUACAGCCCACAAUUAAAUUAUGGAUGAGGGGGCUGAUUUGGCGUAUAUCACUGAGACCUGGGGGGAUGAGCAGGGAAGAACUGAUCUGAUCCAGCAGUAGUGGGCUGCAGCACGGGUAGGGCUGCCUUCUGACCUGGUUCCCCAAUGUUGUGUGCUGCUGUGUUGGUUAAGUGGGAGGGGCAAGGCAGCAGGGAGUUCAGCACAGUGUGGGAACAGCAACUGAGCCAAUGCGAUGCUCCCAGUGAUGUGCCUGAAGUGUGCCAAGCUCCUUGCCGCCCUGCCCCUCCCCCUCUGCAUAACUGGUGGUCAGCAAUGCAGCCCACCCAUGCUGCUCCACUGAUUGCUACAGGGCCCAACUCUGUCUGCCUAGAUAUGCCUUUCAGUCUCAACACAGGCUAGAAGGUUGGGGAGAGGGAUUCACUGAGGAAUCAAUCAUGGUGUCCAGCUGGAUUGUCUCUGUGGUUGGGAAUUGGAGGCAUGGUCAUACCAUGGUUCCAUUCCAACCUUACAGGGUCAGUCAUUAGAGAGUUUGGAGUGAGAUAUCAUCAGUAUCCUGAUGAAAUGGCUCUAUUUAUCUCUCUAGUUGGAGACAGAUGAGGAUAUGCAGGUGAUAGACCUGUGCUUGGUUUUCAGUAACGGACUGAAUGAGGGAAAAUAACUGAAGUUGAAUCCUGACAGAACAGAGGCAUUGUAGCUGGGCAGUUCCCAUGUCUGGGAAUUAGAGAUACAGCCUAUUCUGGUGAGGUUUCCCUCCUCUUGAAGGAGCAGGUACAUGGUCUGGAGUACUCCUGGAUCCAGCAUUGUCACUUGAGGCCCAAGUGGCCUCAGUGGCAUGGAGUGCCCUUUUCCAGUUUCAGCUGGAUCACCAGCAAUGACUGUUCCUGUGCAGGAAUAGCUUUGCCAUGGUGACCCAAGCUCUGGUAAUUCCCCGUUUGAAUUACCAUAAUGUGUUGUACGUAUAGCUGUCCUUGAAAAUGUCUUGGAAGAUUCCAUUAGUGCAGAAUGCCACUGCCAGAAGGUUUUGUGGUUCAGCAACUGUAAUCAUGUUACACUGAUUCUGAAGGUGUUACAUUGGCUGGCUGGCUGUUUUUAGGCCAAAUUCAAAUUCCUGGUGCUUUUCUCUAAUACCCUAAAUGGCUUGGGAUGAAAUACCUGAAGGAUCACCUCUCAUUACAUCAUUCUGUCUGUGUCUUUAAGAUCUUAGGAGGAGGGUUUUCUCUGUAUUCCAUCACAGAGUGAAGUGUGUUGUAUGUUAACAUGGGAGAAAGCUGUUUCUGUGGUGGUGUUCUGUUUGUGGAAUGCCCUCCCCUUAAAAGUACAACUGGUGCCAACAUUGCUAUCUUUUGGGCACCAAAUUAAGACCUGUCUGUUUAGCCAAGCAUUUUAAGUGUUUAUACAGUUGGUGUUGGUUAGUUUACUCUGGUUUUAACUGUUCCUAUUAAAUGAUGAGGUUUUUUAUGUUAUUUUAAUCAUGCAUUGUAAAUAAAUAAAUAAUAUAGCUCUGGAUUCCCACUGCACUUCCAGCUAUCAGGGUUUUUUUGUAUAAUAAAUGUGUCUGAUACAUCACAAUGGCCUGUGAAAUCAGAAAUAUGGUAAUUAUAUAGAAUGAAAUCAAGAAUAGUUAUACCAACUAUAUAACACCUGUGAUGUUGAAGUGAAGCACAGUGAUCAGUGUUGUGGUCACUUCAGCUAAUAUGACCAGAUUAUAAUAGAGUUGUAAACGCUGGUAGCAUGAGUCUUUUAGAGAUCAUCACCAUGUAACCUAAGUUAUGCAGAAUGUUUUUAAGUACAAAAUAAAAUGAAUGUUUUUCAUAGUACAAAGCCAAUAUAUACCACUCUGGGAUCUGUAAGGAUGAAG